CCUUUGCGGAACAACGUGUCAGCGGACCGCAAAACUAGUGGAAGAAGAUCAGCACGCAAAAUAUUUUUUAGUAAAAAAAAUUCCCUUUAUACGAUCCCCUUAUGAAUACCAAACUUGCUGACAAAAUUAAAAAUUCGAACUUUCAACUCCCCAUAGCUUCUCCAUUAAGCUACUCGCGAUGGCCGAAGAGACAAGAGAUGCUGAUUAAAAUAGACGAAGAGAGACAAGUCGGAGCUGUCUGUCGAUUCACUUCCCCGCCGUCGCGCUCGUGUUUCUGGGUAUUUUUUCGUUUUAGCUGUGUAUUUUUUUAUUUUUUUGCCAACUUUUGCUUAUUUUCUUUAUUAAAGUUGGUUUAUUUUGGAUUUUGUCUGUGUGGGUUGCCAUUGCUUUGUUUGAUAAGGGUUUUUAAUUUCUUAAAUAUAUGGGUUUUUAUUAGAAUUUUUUCAUUUAGUAUAAACCCGUGUUUAGUUUUUUACUCAAAUUUUGUGCAGUAUUUGCAGUAAUUUAUCACAUUUAAUGGCCAAUUGUGAACAUGGGAUUAUUGCUUUUGCUGUAAAAACUAUUCCUUUGAUAAUUAUUUUUCAUUAGUGUAAAGAAUUGAGAAGGUGAAAGAUUUUGGAAAUUUAGGGUAAAUCCUCUGAUUUGCAUAUGGGGAAUCUUCGAAGAGAUGAUUUGUUUAUGCAUGAACCAGAAUGUGAGGGAAUUAUUUGUUGUUUAUGGAAUAUAUUGCUUAAUUAAACCGAAAGCAUAUAAUGUUGUGGAUGAAAAUCUAUUAGUUAAUUUUUGAACUAUUGAUUUUGCUUACUUGUGAUGUGGGCUUUGGUGCAAACAAGAUUAAGGUGGCUCAAAGUUACUUACGUCUGUUAUCUCAGUGUCAAGUGAAGUAGACAUGUCAGGCCUUUCAAUGGAUAUCAUUGCCGAUAUACUCUCUCGACUUCCUCUCAAGUCAGUGUGCCGAUUCAGGUGCAUAUCAAAGUCAUGGCUCCGUCUAACCAGUGAACCCCACUUCACCAAAACCCAUCUAGAUCGGUUCCAGAAGCAGAAAAUCAUUUUCAGUUCUAAAAAUUCGUUAUUCUCCUUGGACCCUGAAGCACCUAUAGAUGAUGAUAUGUUGCCCUUGGAGAUUGAUUUUCCGCUCAAGAACCACCCCAACACUGAGUGGGUUCAUGUGUUUGGUACUUCCAAUGGUUUGGUCUGCAUCAUGCCUCAGCCGGAAACCUUCUUUAUAUUCAAUCCUACCACUAGAGAGUCCUUGAGAGUGCCAGAUUGCCCCAUUCCAAGUCAUAAAUGUCCUCCACAACCUCAAGAAGUAGGGUUCAAUCAUGCAUACGGUUUUGGUUAUGCUCAUUCUGUUGAUGAUUACAAGUUUGUCACGAUUGCUUAUGGGUGCAUGAUUCUCAUUUUUUCGUUGAGAAGCAAUUCGUGGAAAGGGGUUCAAGACUUUCCUUACAAACAUCAUUUGGAGGGUUCAGGGACGUUUCUCAAUGGAGCUGUCCACUGGUUAUGCGGACGGCUUGAAAAUGGUGGUAACUGUGUCAUUGCUGCUUUUGAUUUAGCGGAGGAGAAGUUCUCAGACUUGCCCACACCUACUUCUGUCACUGAUUAUCAGACGUUUACAACUGGCGUUCUGGGAGGGAGUCUUUGUUUACUUUACCAGCAUAAUAGAGAAUACUCAUUUUGGAUUAUGAACGAUUAUGGUGUGAAGGAGUCGUGGACUAGAAUUUUUAUAGCUGAACCAUAUUCAUCUACUUCUUUGAAGCCAUUAUGUUACUGGAAGGAUAACAAGAUCUUACUGGCGAGGAGUUGGAAACAGUUACUUCUGUGCAAUCCAAAUGACGGGACUUGCAAAAAUUUCUUGGCAAAUGGCCUUCCAGAUAAAUUCUGUGCUGGUGUGUAUGUGGAGAGCCUCAUCUCUCCGAGUUAUCACAAGAAGUUGCAGUUGUGUCUAAUUCCGAUCACAUUCUACACGUUUUUACUCCUAGUGAAUAUGAACUACUUGCUUCUUGUAACUGAGCUGAGCAAGGUUCUGACCAAGACAAGUAACUGAGCAAGAAGUCGCUCCUUGUUGACCCUUUCACUUAGUUAUGAUGUAAAUUCUCUGGUGAUUUGAUCGCGGAGUCAUAAAGCAGGUCAUUGUUAUGUUUUCAGUUAGUCUGUUAACGACAUUGUAGUUUUCGAGGUUAACGAAUGACGAUGACUACGAUUUUAUGAAGCAUAAAGUCUAGAUCUAGUGGUUUAUGAAGUUGUUCUUUGUGUCUUGACUUUUCAAUAGGGAAUUCGUGCCAGGUUUUGUGUC